AUGACUUCUGAAGGUUCCACUGGUUACUUCUCCGACGCCGAUCGCUCCUCGACUCCAUCAAGCCCUCUUUCUGACCAUUCCAUUGUCUUCGUAUCUGCGAACUCCAUACCCGAGUACGUUAGAGAGAACCGUGCAUAUCUGGUUGCAACAAGCGCUCCGUCCCAACCUUCUUCAGCAGCGUCUAGUUGUGUCCGUUUACCCUCAGUGGUCACUUCGUUGGAGUCUCUGCCAGAUCAAAAUGAUCAUGCUGAGGUGCCCUCUGCCGCCACGACCGGCCAAUCCCCCCUUUACUGCAGAAUUUGUCUUCGAGAUCCUUGCGAUGAUCCAACUGCGACGAUGUGCGGCCAUAUAUUUUGUAACAGGUGCAUCAUUGAUACUGUGAUGGCUAGGUCUGCGUGCCCAGUCUGCACCGCUCCCACAUUACUCUACUGUCUUUUCCGCCUUGAUAUCUAA